GUCCCCGAUGGUUCCUUCUUCCUGUUUCUUUUUGCGCAAGUGAGCAGAGGCGCGUAGUUUGUUAUUUCCCCUUCUCCCUUGCACCAGUGGCAGUGCACAUAGAUACUCGGCGCUCGUUGCUUUCUUCCCUUAACAGCCUGUCCCGGAAAUCACGCCACAGCAGUGCACAGAGAGUUUUGGAGUGGUCUUCUCUGACGGAGACUCUUCUGCUCAGGAACCCCGACCGACAUGUGCAGGCGAAGCUGAGGGGCUCAGUGAGGAACAUGCUAAGGAGGCUGGACAGGAUCAGAUUCAGAGGACACAAGAGAGACGAGUUCCUCGACCUGGCGGAGUCCCCCAACGCCUCGGACACUGAAUGCGGGGACGAGAUCCCCCUGAAAGCGCCCCGGACCUCGCCGCGGGACAGCGAGGAGCUCAGGGACCCUGCUGGCCCGGGGACGCUCAUUAUGGCUGCAGGAGUCCAGGAGUUUAACCGGACCGAGUUUGACAGAUUAAAUGAGAUCAAAGGCCACCUGGAAAUCGCCUUGUUGGAAAAACACUUUUUACAGGAGGAGCUGCGCAAGCUGCGAGAAGAGACCAACGCGGAGACGCUGCGGCAGGAGCUGGAGCGCGAGCGGCAGAGGAGGCUGGAGCUCGAGCAGAAGGUGCAGGAGGUGCUCAAGGCCAGAUCCGAGGAGCCGGUGGCGCCCCAGCCCCCCAGAGGGCAGACGCAGGCGAACAACGGCGCAGACCGUCGGGGCCAGGGGCUCAUCUCCCGCGUCCAGAAGUGGUUCUACGAGAAGUUUGGGGAGUAUGUGGAGGACUUCCGGUUCCAGCCCGAGGAAAGCACCGUGGAGGCGGAGGAGCCACUCAGUGCCAGGAGGCUAACUGAGAACAUGCGGAGACUAAAGCGCGGUGCCAAGCCUGUCACCAGCUUCCUGAAGAACCUCUCUGCCUUGUCCGACUGGUACUCCGUCUACACAUCCGCCAUCGCCUUCAUCGUGUACAUGAACGCCGUGUGGCACGGCUGGGCCGUCCCCAUGUUCCUGUUCCUCGCAAUUUUGAGGUUGUCCCUCAAUUACCUCAUAGCCAGGGGCUGGAGGAUCCAGUGGAGCAUCGUGCCUGAAGUGGCAGAGGUUGUGGAACCUCCAAAAGAAGAUCUGACCGUGUCUGAGAAGUUUCAGCUCGUGCUGGACGUGGCCCAGAAAGCCCAGAACCUCUUCGGCAAGAUGGCUGACAUCCUGGAAAAGAUCAAGAACCUGUUCAUGUGGGUCCAGCCUGAGAUCACCCAGAAGCUGUACGUCGCCCUGUGGGCCGCCUUUCUCGCCUCCUGCUUCUUCCCCUACCGCCUCGUGGGGCUCGUCGUGGGCCUCUACGCGGGAGUCAAGUUCUUCCUCAUCGACUUUGUCUUCAAGCGCUGCCCACGGCUGCGCGCCAAGUACGACACGCCCUACAUCAUCUGGAGGGGCCUCCCCACGGACCCCCAGCUCAAGGAGAGGACGAGCAGCGCCACGGCCCGCAGGCUGCAGGCCGCCUCCUCCCGGAGCUGCGUGGCGAGUGUGCCCGCCGGCCCGAGCAGGGACGAGGACGCCAGCCGCCUGCACGGCACCAAGAAGGGCAACUUCCACGAGGUCUUCAACCUGACGGAGAACGAGCGGCCACUGGCAGUCUGUGAGAACGGCUGGCGCUGCUGCCUCAUCAACAGAGACCGGAAGAUGCCGACAGACUACAUCAGGAACGGGGUCCUCUACGUGACUGAGAAUUACCUGUGCUUCGAGAGCUCCAAGUCCGGGUCCUCCAAGAGGAACAAGGUGAUCAAGCUGGCAGACAUCACGGACAUCCAGAAGUACAAGGUUCUGUCUGUCCUCCCGGGAUCCGGCAUGGGGAUCGCGGUGUCAACACCAUCAACCCAGAAACCGCUCGUGUUUGGCGCCAUGGUCCACAGAGACGAGGCCUUCGAGACCAUCUUGAGCCAGUACGUGAAGAUCACAUCAGCCGCAGCCUCCGGCAGCGACAGCUAGUACCGCCGGCCCCGGACGCGGCUGGAAUUUUCUCUCAAGCAGUGUGGGGUGGGGGGAAGCUGAGCUUUGCAGUAUCCCCCUUGGUCUGGGGCUUUGGCGGAGGCGGCCGUACCCCGGCAUCCGCAGGCACCCCCACGGCAGGGCCGGGUCUGGGCGGGACGGGGACGGGUGCCAUGCUGGCAGGUGCAUCGAGCCCUCUUCAGGUGUCUGUGGGGCUGUGGAAGGGCAGGGGGUCCUUGGGGGCCGUGGCCGGUGCCGCCAGACUCGGCGCCUCCCUGUGCCCGACCCGGUGCAGGGGCUGCCCGGCUGCCAGUGCCCACCGCCAAGCUCCUCCUCCAAAAAGCCAUAUCUGAGGGGCGCUUGGGUUUUCACCUCCUGAGGUUAAAGGGGAACAAGAUGGUGCAAUGGGGUCCCCUUCUCUACCACCAAGGAGCGAGGCCAUCGGUCUGGUCACUCAGCUGUUUGUCCUUGGGGGGCUGGGGCGGGGCUGGGUUGGGGGGUCCUGGGUGGGAGGACUGGGCCGAGGUGCAGCUGAUUCAGCAGACUCUGGGGGGUUGACCCCUGGGCUCCAGCUCUGGACUCAACCUUCCCUGGGGGAUGCUGAGCCCAGCCCCCCACAUGUUGGACCUGCCUGGGACAGUGUCACUAAAAGCACAUCUUUUUAACCCUUCGUCCUCUGGAGAGGCCCAGGAGAGCGUCUGCUGAGACUCUGGGGGGCUCUGAGCCCUGGCUGCACCCCCAACAAAUUAACCUCGGCCUCAAGGGGUGGGGGUGCGGCCUAAGAGCGAGUGGCUGGGGGCUUUGGGGGUGCUAAGGGGCAGACGGGGCAUCCAGGCAUGGGGCCACCAUGCCAGGCCGCGCUGGACAGGACACCAGGGGGUCACUGUGUGGGGGUGACCUGGAAGAGAGCUGAGCGCUGGUCCCAGGCGGCAGCAACCCCCACCCCACUGCACCCCAGAAACAGAAUGCAGCAUGCUCCCCAGGAUGGGGCAGCGGAGGCCGAGGGGGUGUUGGGGGGUUCGGGUGAUUCUGGGCCGGUGGGGAGGACACCGGCCCAGGGGUCCCAGGGCGGGGGCUCCGAGGAGCGGUAGGGGCAGCGUGGUGACGGGCCCCUCCCCAACAUCCCUGCGCAGCCGCCCCAGUUCCUCAGCUUGUCCUGGGGUCUUGGGGUGUUGUGGGGGUUGUUGUUUUUUGAAGACACAGAUUAUAUUUUUUACAGAGAGCAAGCUGUUUUUCUUAUUUUUGUAUCGUUUUUCAGAUGUGAUUUUUACCUUUGCCCGCCCUCGUUUGCUGGUUUGGGUUUGCAUCUGGGGCGGCGGGGGUGGGCUGGGGUCUCGUCCCCACUGGCUCCCGGGGCGCCCCUGCCCAGCCGGGUGAAGCCCACCCCACCCGGGCGUCGGGCUGACCACUGGCCUGCGUGGCCCACCCAGGCCCCGGGACGGGCGGCACGGGGCGAGCGGCAGCGAUGGUGGUGAGGGUGGGCUGCACUUUAAUGUCCGGAAGCAAAGCCCGUGGCUCUGCUGUUAGCGCGGGGGGCGGUGCUCAGGCCCCGGACUCCCCGACGUGCCCCCCGGGGCCGCCCCGUGCCAGGCUGCCGAGGGCCUCGCGUCCUGCACACUGGACCUCGUCUCUGAGCUCGGACCUGGGGGCUGAGGGGUCCCAUGCGCUGAGUGGGGCUGAGCCGGCACAGGAUGCGGGGAUUUAGUUUGAGUCCCUUUGGGAGAAGGGAGGUGAAAACUGACCCGUGGCCGCUGGACGCCCUCCCAGAGCCCCCGGGCCAGGCCUUGCCGGGCGCAGAGCCGACCCGCGCGGCCUCAGGGCCUGGAGAGCGGGGCCCGGCAACGCCUGCUGAGUCGGGCACACACGGGCAGGUAUUUAAUUUCUACGACUAAUCUCUGAACUAGAACGGAUGUUAAAUUUUUUUACGUCUGAGACUUGGUCUGUAAAUAGUCAUUACCCGAGUAACUUCUGUUCAACAAAGGAUUGUACUGUAGGAGGGACCGAUGAGAACUCCCGUCUAACAUUUUUUUAAGAAAACCUUGUUUGUUUAAAGAAAGUCUUGUAUAAAUUAUAAUUUUUAUUUAAUAAACCUAAAAUGCUUUGUGCUAA